UGCACAAGCGAAGUGACACUGAGACAAGCUAAGUGUACAGGAUUACAUCUUCCUAGUUGUUGCAGGAGUUGAGUUGCGAGAGCACACCAAUGGCGAAGCGGGCGUCGAGCAAACGGAGCUUCAGGCUGCCCUUCAUGUGCGGGCAGUCGGACGUUGCCAGCACGCGUGGCGCGGCCGUCACGCGGUCGUCCUCGUCGUCGUUCGGUAGGGGUUCCGGGUCCAGCUCCAGCUCCAGCAGUAGGCACUCCGAGCUGCAGCGGAUCUUCCAGCACUUCGACAGGGACAACGACGGCAAGAUCUCCGGCGCCGAGCUGCGCGCCUUCUUCGUGUCCAUGGGCGACGACAUGCCGUCGUCGUGUGGCGACGGCGGCUACAUGCUGGACUUCGCCGGGUUCGUGACGCUGAUGGAGAGGGAGGGCGGCCAGGAGGAGGACCUGCGGCGGGCGUUCGAGGUGUUCAACGCCGUGGAGUCCGCGGGCAGGAUCACCGCCAGAGGCCUGCAGAGGGUGCUCGCCCAGCUCGGCGACAAGCGCUCCGUUGCAGACUGCGAGGCCAUGAUCCGGGCCUACGACGUCGACGGCGACGGUGGCCUCGAUUUCCACGAGUUCCAGAGGAUGAUGAGCUAACUGAAACCAGCUUAUAUAGUCAGAGUCUUCAAUUUCAGAGCCCUGAAGAAUGAAAGGGUUGUUUAUAAGUCUGCAUCCAGAUGAGCCAAAGCCAAUGAAAGUUGCUACAAGGCAAAGGAGUCGUCUACAUGGAUGAUCUCCUGCUUGGUUGAAGCAACUUGCUGUCUCAUCUUGUGUUGUUUGGUGUGUCACACCAGUGUAUCAGUAAAGUUACAAUUGAUCCUUUUUUCCCAAGCACUGCUAUUUGUUCAGAUGUACUUCAAAUUAUCUCUCUUCUUUUUUCAGAAUUUUCACCUGCGUAAGGUAGAGGUUA